AUGUCUUUAAUAAUGAUACAAUGUUUAAAUAUUUUACUGAUUUAUCCCUCUAUAUUCCUAAUUAACUCUGCAUUUAACACUCUUCAACAACUUGCAAAUUUCAAUCAUCAUUCUACUGAUCUUACAUUUUAUACAGAUGGAUCUGUU